GUUUCAUUAUCGCUGUACAGUUGCGCGUGGCGGAGGGCUCGCGACGCGCCGUGCCGCUCGCAUCGCAGACGUAGCCCCCGAGGUUUCACGUUGCGGGCGCGUGCUCGUUUUGCGCGCUCACGCCGCCCCAUUGUGUUUGUUUUGUUUUGUUGCUGUCGUAUUAUCAACAAGGGAGACCGCCGCCGUGGCCUUGCGGGUAACCGAGCGGGCCAACUGACACGACGCACCGGGCGCGCGCUGAAACAAUGGCGGACGAACAAGAAAUAAUGUGCAAGUUGGAAAACAUCUUGGAAAUACGGAACAAGUCCGUCCAGAUGCAGAAGAUCAAGUCUCGUCUUAAGGUCGAGUUUGACUCUCUGGAGUCGGAGGAGAAGCACCUGAAGGAGUACAAACAAGAGAUGGAUCUGCUCCUGCAGGAGAAAAUGGCGCACGUGGAGGAGCUGCGGCUCAUCCACGCCGACAUCAACGUGAUGGAGAGCACCAUCAAGCAGUCGGAGAACGACCUGAACAAGCUGCUGGAAACGACCCGGCGCCUGCACGACGAGUACAAGCCCCUGAAGGAGCACGUCGACGCCCUCCGCAUGACUCUGGGCCUCCACAGACUGCCCAACCUGAACGACGAAGAGGAGAAGCUCUCCCUGGAUUACUUUGAGAAGCAGAAAGCCGAGUGGCAGAAGGAGCCGCACGAGCCCGCCAUCCCAGAAUCCCUCGCCGCCGCCGCCGCCGCCGCACAGCAGCUCCAGGUUUCCAGGAAGCAAGACGCACGCCAGACGGCCACCUUCAGACAGCAGCCGCCGCCCAUGAAGGCCUGCCUGUCCUGCCACCAGCAGAUUCACCGUAACGCUCCCAUCUGCCCGCUGUGCAAGGCCAAGAGCCGCUCCCGCAACCCGAAGAAGCCCAAGAGGAAACCCGAUGAGUAGAUCCCGCUUUACCGCCGAGCUUCAGUCGGGUUCAAAGAGGGAACCUGGUUCCAAACACACUGAUCCGAGAUCAGCCGUGUGUGUCGUCACAGAUUAGUGCCACAGGAUAAUUUCCACGGUCCCAACUUUUAAACUGAUUUUCUUCGUUCUUUUUUUUUUUCUUUCAUAAACUCUGAAAUCUGUAAAAUGUCCUCAUGUUGUUUGUUUUUAUCGGUGCUUUGAUGUUUAUAUGUAACUGUUUGACUUCGGUAGUAGGUUUACUAGCCCGUGACCAUGUAACUGCAAUAAUGCAAAAAAAGGAAACUUGAUAAAAUGUCUAAAUAUUUUUUUGCCCACGUUGCUGUUUAUUUUUUCGUUGUUUCCUUUUUAGAUAUCGUAUUGUACUUUUUAAAUAUGUUUUGAUGCAUGCGUGCUUCCAUGUCUGUCUUGUAUUCUUUAUGCCAACAUUAGGUAUGAUUGAAGUUAAAUGAAACACAAUGUUUUAAUGUUUACAGUGUUCACAGGAGAAAGGAAAGAGGCCAGACUCUUUGGCUCUGAACAGUGUUGUGUGUUUAACUUUAAUACAGUGAUAUAAAAUAAAUGGCUGUUUUGUA